AUGAGUGCUGUGACAUCGGUCGGUAGCCAUCAUUUCGGCAGCAGCAGUAGUAAGGGCAGCUCCGCGCCAAACAACGGACUAGUGCCCCGGUUUACCUCGCGAGGACACACCUACCGGGCGGUCGUCGGCGAUACGCUCGUCCUGCCGUGCGAAGUCGAAAACUUGGGAACUCUGGUGCUCCUGUGGCGGCGAGGCUCGAAUGUGCUCACCGCCUCGCAGCUGAUGGUGACGCGCGACGAGCGGAUACGGCUUGUCAACGGGUACAAUCUGGAAAUCUCCGAGCUGGAACCGCAGGACGCCGGCGACUACGUCUGUCAGAUCAGCGACAAGGUCAACAAGGACCAGGUGCACACCGUCGAAAUACUCGUACCACCAAGCGUCCGGGCCAUCCCACCGACCGGGCAGGUGACGGCCCGCAAAGGGGGCGCCGUAACGCUCGAAUGCAAAGCGUCCGGUAAUCCGGUCCCAUCCAUCUACUGGACCAAGCGCAGCGGCGCAGGCAAGUCGGCCUCCAAGAUCGGCGAGGGCCCCGUCCUGUCGCUGGAGCGCGUCGAGCGGCAGCAGGCGGGCGUGUAUCAGUGCACCGCGGACAACAGCGUCGGAGAUCCGGUCACCGUCGACAUGCGGCUGGACGUGCUGUAUCCUCCCGACAUCAGCGUGGAAAAGUCGUGGAUCCACUCGGGCGAAGGCUUCGAGGCGCAGCUGGAGUGUAUCGUGCACGCCGAUCCGCAACCAACGGUCUCGUGGAAUCAGAACUCAUUUCCGCUGCAGCCAACCGACCGGCGCACGAUGUCGUCCAGGGGCAAUCGGCACACGCUCACCAUUCGCCACGUGCAGCAGGAGGACUUUGGCAACUACAGCUGCGUGGCGGACAACUCGCUCGGACGGUCCAAGAAGUACAUGGAGGUGUCAGGACGGCCAGGACCGGCCGAUUUCCUGUCGCCACCGUGGAGCCGCUCGACCGACAGCUUUAAUCUGACCUGGAAAGUCGAAAGCUAUCCACCGCUCCAGGAAGUCCGACUGCUCUACCGAAAGCUGAUGAUGAAUGAAACAUUCCAGCAGCCCGGCCGGUGGCACGAUGUCAUACUGACGCCCGCUCCGCGACCACCAUCGGAACCACUGACCCACGUGAUGGCGUUUACGUUGCGGGGACUACAGCACAGCUCCGUGUACGAGGCGAUCGUGCAGGCUAAGAAUCGGUACGGCUGGAACGAGGUUAGCGACAUCUUCCAGUUCUACACCCAGCGAAUAUCGUCCGACACGCACUCGGAAGAAAUGCAGGUCGCCAGUUCCACCUCGCGAAGUGGAGCGACCACCCUACACCGGACCGCCGCGCCACGGUCACCGAUCUGGGCCGUGCUGUGUCUGGUUCCGUGGCUACUGGCAUCGUUUACCGUGGGCACUGGAUGGCUCUCCGACAGGGGCCCGGCCUUCGAUCGGUCGAUGCCGCUCAUCUAA